UACUUGUCUUCAGCAGGUUUUAGUGUGUGGCACCAGCGCCCUCUUGUGUCUGACCGCAGAAUGAGCCUCCACCGGAUUGGCUGAGCAGUUGUCAGGACUGUUUACAGGAAACAUGGCUUCCAGGUCUGUUGGAGAGCUUCAAGAAAUGGAAGUGGACAGAAGGGGUGAGUCUGAGGAGUCCGGUGAUGAUGAGACCAGGAGGAGGAGUAUCAAUGGCGACGUUGACCCCAAUCAGCCCACAACCACAUGUAAAGAAGAGUCUCCUGUUGACAUGGACACCAUAACCUUGGACCCAGAGGAAGAGGAUGUUGAUCUUGUUCAUUGUCGUAUUGGAAAGAUUGAAGGAUUGGAGGUGUUACAGAAGGCUAAAACACUCUCCUUACGACAGAAUCUCAUCAAAAAGAUAGAAAACCUUGACAGUCUGAGCUCACUGCGGGAACUAGAUUUCUAUGACAAUCAGAUCCGCAAACUGGAGAACCUGCACCACCUCACAGAGUUGGAGCAGCUCGAUGUGUCCUUCAACCUUCUGAGGAAGGUGGAGGGUUUGGAGCAGUUGACUCGGGUGAAGAAACUUUUUCUGCUACACAACAAAAUUAGCAGCAUUGCCAACCUGGAACACUUCACGAGCCUGGAGAUGUUGGAGCUGGGCUCCAAUCGCAUCCGGGUCAUAGAGAAUCUGGAUACACUUGCAUCAUUGCAGAGUUUGUUUCUUGGCACCAAUAAAAUAACUAAGCUUCAGAAUCUGGAGGGUUUACACAACUUGACGGUUUUAAGCAUUCAGAGUAACCGGAUUACUAAAAUUGAGGGUCUACAGAACCUUGUCAGCCUGAAAGAGCUUUAUCUGAGUCACAAUGGCAUUGAGGUCAUUGAGGGCUUGGAAAACAAUAAAAAGCUUACAACCCUGGACAUUGCAGCCAAUCGAGUAAAGAAAAUUGAAAACAUCAGCCAUCUGACAGACCUGCAGGAGUUCUGGAUGAACGAUAAUCAGAUCGACAACUGGUCAGAUCUUGAUGAGUUGAAGAAUGCCAAGUCUCUGGAGACAGUCUAUCUUGAAAGAAACCCUCUACAGAAGGAUCCCCAGUAUCGGAGAAAGAUCAUGCUGGCGCUGCCCACUGUACGCCAGAUCGACGCAACCUUCAUCCGCUUCUAAACUGCAGUGUACAGUUUACCUGCCAACUUCAGUGUUCGCCCUCACCACCCUGCCUGUCCUACCUACAAAAACAAACUUCAUCUUGAAACACAUUGGCCUCACUGAAUCAUAUAGUCACUCCAUACACAAAGAUACAUUCCAACAUUAAACUCACCCAUGGCUCACUCAACGUACAUGUAUGCAUGUAUGCACUCAUUCACACCUUGAUCUAUGCUACUGUGGGGAAACUUAUUUAUUUAUUAAGCUGGAUAUGAACUGUGAAAAUGAUUUUCCCUAAAAGUACCCUACGCCCAUUUCUUCACUUUUCCUCUGCAUUUAUUUUUCUUUUAUUGUUUUGCAUGUGGGAUACAGUAUGGAGACAUCUUCUUUCCUCAAUCAUGCAGUGCACCAUAAGGAAAAUAACAAAUCGGUCUUAUUUAGCACGUUGUUGAAGUUGCACUGCUAUCAUAAGUGAGGAAAGGCUGGCAUUCUUAUUAUCUGAGGGAUUUUGUUGAGUAUAUUCCUUUUGGUUGGCCAGGAUGAGACUGAUCUCACGAGGUACACAGCGGGUGAAAGAACAAUUAAACAUCAACAUUAAAAGGAAAGUCCAUAAAAACAUCUUAUCUUCUCAUUUGGUCCCUGCACACUUCAAACCUGUCCUGAACGAGGUACCAAACUUUACAGUCACAGAAACAUCUAAAAUUAAGCCUAGAAUGCUGCGUGCAGAUUUAAAUCCGUUCAGUGGCACAUGCUUAAAUCUGUCCUUUUUAAGGAAAACAGCAGAAACUGAUAAAUCAUUUUAAUAAACUGGUAUCAUUACUGAUGAAGGGCAAAUGUUGAUGCUCGGCAGCCUCAUCUAUUCCUUGUCCGGAUAUUUUACAGUUCAUAGGCCCAUUUUCUGAUUAAUAAGAGUGACCUCUGCAGUAAAAUAAAUCUGAGAAUGUAAUAAUUUUAAUUUAAAAACACAUUACUGAUUACAGCUUUGGUUCCCUUUUGACUUUGGGAAACAUGUCCAUAAAUUUAAUUUGAACUGAUAACAUUAAAAUGUAGAUUGUUUUUGAACUGAAUUUACUUACUAAUGGCAGGACUGGCCUCAUAAGUGUUGUUAACUAAUGUAAGAUAAAUUACUUCAUGCUCAGACAAUUUUUGAACCACAUUUAGAGGUUUAAAAUUGUCAGAUGUGUAAAGACACUACAGUGACACAUUCUGCAAUAUUCUCAUUUGGCCUUCAGUUUUGCUUAAAAAUAAAUAUUCAGGUAUAUCUAAGAUGAGCACCUUGAACAAAAACUGUAUAUAAUGCUUGAGUGCACUUGAUUUACUCCCUGUUACAAUUAAAAAGUGAUGCAGCUUUUAUAUUAAAAAUAAUUUCCCACCUCAGGGCUGAAAGAUCACAUGUGGACACAUUACAGACGCAUCAGAUUUCAUUGCAUUGCUGGGUUUAUGUGGAGAAUGCUAAGUGCUUUCUGUGCAAUAUAAGAUACUAACCAUUAUCAUCUAAUUCCUUUCACCUGGGUCUAUAGUGGGCCUUCAAAUUGUUAAAGUGGCCUGAGAUAAUAUUGAAUCUCACUUUGUAGGCAAGGAAAUAACAGUAUAAUAUGCUGGUUUGUAUCAUAGGCGUCUUUAGCUGACAAUUUGCACUUUUUCAAAGGAAUUGAAAUUAUGAUUAUAAAUCUUUUAAAUCCUGCUGUUCAUGGUUAGUGAUCUUGGCCAUAACUCAACUGUAGAACAUUUAUGAGCCCAUAACAGACUAUCAGCAAAACUGAAGGACAUUGUGCAUUAUUGAUAUGAAUGUAAUGUUAUUUUAUAUUCAGCUUUAACUACAAUUACUAUAAAAUUGGCCAGUGGGGUUGUCAUUUUGUGUAUUUGUAAAUAUAGUUUGGACAUCUCAUGAUGUAGAAAGUCAGUGCCAUCAUCACCUUCCCUUUGUAUAGUGAAAUCCUCUUUUUUUCUUGUUUAUGCCAGGCAGCACAACAGAUUUGCGUGAGAUAAGUAAUUAAGAUAACUUGACCUUGAUUGGUCACUGAAUGAGCAAUUAUUCAAAUUGCUAGUAAUUCAUUGUUAAAACUUCAGGGUCUUCAGGUUUUGGACGUGGUUGAUGCUGUUUUCAAACUGAAUGUAUUAUGCAAAUAAUAAAAUUACACUACUUAAA